CUGAGUUUAGUCUCGGCUAAUUCCAGGGCAACUGGCCCAAAUAGAAAAAACUAACCACAACAAACUUCCCUUGUGUUUCUAAUGUCGAAUUCUGCCGCCGAUGAAACCGCCAAAAUUCUGUUCCAAUUUCAAUAGUUCACCGGAAACUGCCCAAGAAGUGCUUCGUUCUUCACUACUUAAAGCUCUCUCUUCUGCCAAAAACACUUCCCAGCUUCGCGCUCUUCAUUCCUGGAUCAUCAUUUCAGGAUUGGGCCUCUCCGUCGUUUUUUCUGGCAAACUCAUAAGCAAAUACGCUCAGCUUAAAGACCCGAUUUCUUCUGUUUCAGUUUUUCGCACUGUUUCUCCAACUCGCAAUGUCUAUCAAUGGAAUUCGAUUAUACGUGCUCUCACUCGCAACGGUCUCUUCACACAAGCACUUGGAUAUUACACUGAGAUGCGUGAAACAAAGCUCCAACCCGAUGCUUAUACUUUUCCUUCUGUUAUCAAUUCAUGUGCCCGGCUUUUGGACUUGAAAAUGGGUCGCGUUGUUCAUGAACAUGUCGAGGAAAUGGGGUUUGAAUCGGAUCUGUAUAUUGGCAACGCAUUGAUUGAUAUGUAUUGUAGAUUUGGAGAUCUUGAGAAGGCACGCUAUAUGUUUGAUGAAAUGUCUGACCGAGAUAGCGUAUCAUGGAAUAGUCUAAUUUCAGGGUAUUGUUCGAAUGGGUUUUGGGAGGAGGCUCUUGACAUGUAUCACAAGUCCAGAAUGAGUGGGAUAGUGCCUGAUUGUUUCACUAUGUCCAGUGUUCUACUCGCAUGUGGAAGCUUAACUGCCGUUGAAGAAGGUCUGAAGAUUCAUGGGGUGAUUGAGAAGAUUGGAAUUGGUGGCGAUAUUGUGACCGGUAAUGGACUUCUUUCCAUGUAUUUCAAGUUCGAGAGACCGAGAGAAACAGGUCGGGUUUUUGCCGAGAUGGCUGCAAAGGACUCAGUUACUUGGAAUACCAUGAUUUGUGGAUACUCCCAACUGGGGUGGCACGAAGAAUCCGUGAAGCUAUUUAUGGCGAUGAAAGAUGAAUUCGCUCCGGAUGUGUUGUCGGUUACAUCGACCAUUCGCGCCUGUGGGCACUUGGGAGAUCUGAGGAUUGGAAAGUAUGUUCAUAAGUACUUAAUUGGGAGAGGGAAGUCUUUGACACAAUGAACUGCAAGGAUUCUGUGACAUGGAACUCAUUAAUCAACGGCUACAUUCAAAGGGUCUAUUACAAAGAGG